GAUCGGUGCGCAGCGAUGGCGCGGCCGCCCUGGCAGUGCCCGCGGGCCUGGGCGCCGCUGCUCUUGCUGCUGCUGGCGGGGCCCGCCGCCUGCGCUGCCAGCCCAGCGGACGACGGCGCGGGCCCGGGGGGCCGGGGACCCCGGGGCCGCGCGCGGGGGGACGCGGGCGCAGACGAGGCGGUGCCGCGACACGACUCCUCCUACGGCACCUUUGCCGGGGAGUUCUACGACCUGCGCUAUCUUUCAGAUGAUGGUUACGCUUUCCCGACCGCUCCUCCUGUGGAUCCAUUUGCCAAAAUCAAAGUGGAAGACUGUGGGAAAACUAAGGGAUGCUUUAGAUAUGGGAAACCAGGCUGUAACGCAGAGACCUGUGACUACUUCCUUAGCUACCGGAUGAUUGGGGCUGAUGUGGAAUUUGAGCUGAGUGCAGACACAGAUGGCUGGGUAGCAGUUGGAUUCUCUUCAGACAAGAAAAUGGGUGGUGACGAUGUCAUGGCCUGUGUCCACGAUGACAAUGGCAGGGUCCGCAUACAGCACUUCUAUAACGUGGGCCAGUGGGCAAAAGAGAUUCAGAGAAAUCCUGCCAGAGAUGAAGAAGGAGUUUUUGAGAACAAUCGUGUCACCUGCCGAUUCAAACGUCCUGUGAAUGUUCCCAGAGAUGAAACGAUCGUGGAUCUGCAUUUGAGUUGGUAUUACCUAUUUGCCUGGGGCCCAGCCAUUCAGGGCUCUAUCACCCGCCAUGACAUAGACUCUCCACCGGCUUCAGAGCGCGUUGUCAGUAUUUACAAGUAUGAAGACAUUUUUAUGCCGUCAGCUGCCUAUCAGACCUUCUCAUCUCCGUUCUGCUUGCUUCUCAUUGUUGCCCUGACCUUCUACUUAUUGAUGGGAACCCCUUAGCCAUAGCUGCAAGGCCAGCGGAGUCAAUGGAUUGGAAAGUCUUUAGUAUAAGCAUAUUUUUAAAAAAUAUCCAGUAUAAUUUUAGCUUCUGUUAUUUAAAAACUCAUGAUUUCAGCUUUUUGGAAGAAAGAAUAAACUUCUUUUCUAGUCAAAGAGGGUUAUUUAAUAAUGAUCCUACUUUUGGGAAGUACUUAAAACUUUUGUAAACAAUUUCAAAUAUGUUUUCUUAUUUGAGUCUCACAAGAUCUCUGUGUUGGCCUGAUAAAAAAUUAAAAUGACCAUCUUAGCAAGAUUUGAGAUUCAGGAAAGCUGCUCAUGUAUGACUCACAUGCCAUGUACCUUGGUUAUUUGGUUAAAUAACACUUAGCAAGGUAGAGAAGAGCUAGGCACAGAAAUCAUGUCUCUGGACAAUCUUUACUGAGUAUUACAGCCCAAGAGAGUUACCUUGAGUAUUACUAAAGAGAACCUCCCUGGGUAUCACAAGUUCACAGUCAGUCUUUUGAGCAAAUUUCUGUAGAACAUAAGUUCUUUUUAGAUGUGUACACAGUUGAUGGGAAGGAUGGGGAAGGUUAUAAUAAUAUGAAAAUUGUUCAUACCUAUUUGAUUUCUUCUCAGAGUGUAGCUAUAAGCAAACAUUUUUAUAGCUGUUUGAAAAAGGUUACAAACAGAACUGUGAAUGUUCCUGAUGCCAAAUCAUUUUAAUAGUUAAAAAAAAUGGGCAUUCUUAGUUAGAAUUUGGACUAUUCUACUAUUAUAUUUUGUAAAUGAAGGUAUUCAUCUGUUCUUAUUGCCAAUUCUGUUGUCAAAGUCAGCAUGCAUUAAAGUAUGUGUUGUUAACAGACAUGAUUAAGUAUGUCAGCAUGAUUAGGUAUGUGUUAUAAUAGACAAAUUAUCUUACUAAAAAUUUAAGUCAUUUUAAUACUAUAUGAAUAUUUGGGGGGAUUUUAGAGAUUUGGAGCCAAUAAAAAAAGAUUUUUUUUUAAAUUAGAAAAUGGGAAAAUGACCCAUAAAAUGAAUUCACCUAAAGUAUUCAUUCAAAAUGUCCAGGCUUGUGAAUUGGUCUGGCAGUCAGCAUCAUUCAUAAUAAUGCCUUGAUGUAAUGUGUUUCUUUUUUUAAAAAGAAGCCCAAGUAUACCUUUGUUCCUAACGUCUGUGGUAGCCACCCACUAGAGAAGAGGGUUCUGUGGGCACAGUCACACUACUGAGAGGCACUUCUGCAUGGUGUUCUAGAGUCCUCUGACUUGCCCCAGUUGCUGGCUAUGACUUUGUGUUUAAAUGGCACUGGAGAUUGUGAUCUCUAAAGCCACCUUUGAGAUUUAUGUCAGAGGUGAAAGGCUGCCUGUGGGGAAAGCUUUCACAUUCUUCUGGGCCUGAACCAAAAGAAGGAAGACCUUGAUGCUCUGGGACAUCUCACAGUUAGCAAGUGCUUCCAAGAGAUAUAGGAGAAACACCCCUCAUUGCAGACAGGGAGAAAUAAAAUGACAUCAGGUGAACAAUGGAACUCCAGAUUCAAGCCCAAGACUACAUCUGACUACCAAGACCUCAAUAAGCCCUUCCUUGGUGGUGGUGGCUGAGCCUGGCCUGUGUGUCACCUUCUCAGCUCUAAUGGUUGUUUAGGAGUAAGGAUAUUGAGUAUGCAGGAACCCACAUUGUAAAUAAGAAAGCAAAUAUUUUUGUAUUUCACUCUCUUAUGUGUAUAAUAAUUGAUCUAUAAAUAGAUUAAAACAAAAAAGAGACUUCAGUUAGUAGCAGGCAGGAAAAAAAUGAGUGGAGAUUCCUUCCACUUACAUUUCAAAUCAACUGCUUAUUUCACUAAUUCACUCCUUUGAUUAUGGUUUUGCAUGUCUAUGCUUAACACUUCCAGUGACUUCUCCUUGCCCAAAGGUAAAACGCAAAGUUGGUGAGCUCUGUUAUCACCUCUCCAUUACUAAGUCGCAGCAAGACUGAAGGACUCUGGGUUCUUCAGACCUGCCCACUCUGUCACGUGUCCCAUGUUCACUCACUCUUUGCCUCCUGUGUAUGAUGAACAGCCACUCAUCUUUCAGGUCUCACCUUAGUUACUUCUUCCUCCAGUCCCCUGGACGUGUAGGUUAGGUCCCUACCCAGUGCUCCCAUAGCCUCUAGGGGCUUCCUCCUCAUAACACUCACCAUAUUUCAUUUUAAUCACUGACUCUGCCCUCCCUGCUGAUUCCCUAAUGCAGGGUCUGUUUCUCAUUACUCAUCACCGAGCAGAUACUGCUCCACAGUAAGUACUCAGCAAACAUAUGUGGAAAAAAAUAAAUAGGUGAAGCUAUGAUGUGACAGCAUAUCAUCUUUGGUUCAAAAGACAUGUAUUUCAUAUACUUUACCAGACUGGCCAACAUUUUUUUAUUCUUCUGUCUUCAAUCAAACCACAAAUUAUUCUUUUAUCAAAUGCUGAACUUUUUUUUUGGUACUGGGGAUUGAACUCAGGGGCACUCGACCACUGAGCCACAUCCCCAGCCCUAUUUUGUAUUUUAUUUUGAGACAGGGACUUACUGAGUUGCUUAGUGCCUCGCUUUUGAUGAGGCUGCCUUUGAACUUGUGAUCCUCCUGCCUCAGCCUCCCAAGCUGCUGGAAUUACAGGUGUGCGCCACCAUGCCCAGCUGAACUUUGUCUUUUGAAACAGAAAUGGGAAGAUCCUUAAUAACAGUGCUAAUAAUUUGCCUACAGUGAACAUUAGUUGACUCCUCAGCUCCCCACAGAAUUGGGUUUUGAACCUAGAGGAUCAUAUAAAUUAAACACUCUACCAUUGAGCUACAUUCCCAGCCCUUUAAAAAAAAAUUAUUGUGAUACAGGUUCUUGCUAAUUUGCCUGGGCUGACCUUGAACUUGUGAUUCUACUGCCUCAGCCUCCUGAGUUACUGGGGUUAGAGGCAUACCACUACAUCCAGCCUAGUUGACAUUUUAACACAAUAAUCAUUGUGCAGAAGUAAAAAUCCACACAGACUAGGGAGGCAGAAUAGUAUUUGUCCAUCGUCUCAUAGAAUCAUCAGUUGAUAGACAAGCUAAAAUUAAAACUCUAUAGACUGAUUCCUUCCAUUCUUUUUUUUUUCCCAAAAUGCCCGAAUGGAAUAAUUGUAAAUAGCUGAAUGUGGUUAGUGCUGUUCUAAGCACUUUAUGUGGAUUAACCCAUUUAAUCCUCAUGACCAUAGGAAGAUUCAAUUAUUAAUCCAAUUUUACAGAUGAAAAAAAUGAGGCUAGUCAUUUGGCAUAAAUCACCACAGCUGGUAAGGACUUUAGAGAGCAUUUAAUCCAUGCAUUUAUAUUACAAGGGAACAGCAAAGGCACUGGGGGGUGAGGAUUUCCUGCACCUUCAUGUGGAUUCACUAAAAGUUGUAUUCAGUGAAACCUGCUAUCCAUAUUCAACUGAACUAGGUGCCUUUUUUUCCACUUUAGUAAUUUACAUUGAAUAGGAGGACUAUUUAUAGUUAUAUUGGGGAAAGAAGUACAUUUUAUUUUGUAUCAACUUUCUUUCCUGCUUAAAAACAUUUUGAUUACUUUACCAGUCGUUUUAGUGCUUUUUUUCCUCACAAUUAAAAAAAAAUUGUUCUAAUUAGUUAAACAUGACAGUAGAAUGCAUUUUAAAAAAAAGUUUAUUUAUUUAUUUUUUCAUGUGGUGCUGAGGAUAAAACUCAGUGACUCACACAUGCUAGGCAAUUGUCUACCACUGAGCUACAACCCCAGCCCCAGAAUGAAUUUUUUAAAAAAUUAAAUUAAAAAAUACUAUACACAUUAGGCAAAAUGGGACGAAUGUAUUUAUCUUAGUUUAUUUUAAAAAGUGACCUGCCUAAAACCUAAGUCUAUAUCCUCGCUUGGAAUCCAAUGACCUUUUUAUUUUUUGUGCUACUGGGGAUUGUACGCAGGGGUGCUCUACCACUGAGUUAUAUCCCC